GACACACACACGCACACACACCUUAUAUUCCCUCCACCUUGAACAUUUCCCCAAAGCUCAAAGCCCUCAAACAUGGCCAACCAAUCACCCAGAGAAAAGGCAGAAUACCUAAUUGCCUCUCUCGAACAAUACGGUCAAGGCGACUACAUAGGCGAAUCAAUCAGCCAGCUAGAGCAUUGUCUCCAAGCAGCCCACAAUGCGCAGAGAUCCGGCGCAAGAAACGAAUUAAUCAUCGCAGCUCUACUACACGACAUCGGCCAGAUCAUCCCGCUCGAAUCAACUAAGGAAGUACGAAUGAGUCUAAAGAACAGCACCGAGAACGUCGGUCGCGUGGGCCAUGAACGAAUUGGGUCUGAGUUUUUGCGCUCUCUGGGAUUCAACCAAAGUGUGUGUCAAUUGGUUGAGAGUCAUGUUGCGGCCAAAAGAUACCUUACGGCUGUCAACAGCUCAUAUUAUGACUCUUUAUCAUCUGCCUCCAAGAAGUCACUGGAGUUCCAGGGCGGCCCAUUCAAAGGAGCUGAUCUCGCUGCCUUUGACCAGGAUCCGCUGCGCGAUGAAAUGGUCGCGCUAAGGCUGUGGGACGAUGCUGCUAAGGUUCCGGAGAUCGAGGGCUCUACACCCCGGGCGCGGGAGUAUUUGGAUUUGAUAGCAGCGCAUUUGGAGGCGCAGGAGGCAGUGUAGCGACCGGUCUGUAUGAUGAGGUAGAGAUUACAAUGCAGCCUGUACCGCACUUGUAUUUGUCAUUCAUCAUUAGCCUCUGGCACCUGUUUCAUACAUGUAAUUUUUUUUUUCUUUCGGGGGGAGGCGUAACCUGCGAGGGCACUUUUACCCUUGCUAUUCGAGUUGAUGAUGUGAUACAGUGUUUGAAAAAGUAAACCAUUGCUGGAAGCCAGGUGGGUUUCCCGCUCCGAAAUCGGUUAUACUAGCAGCAUCGGUGGAUGCAUGAUUUUGACUGGGUUAUAUAAGCGCUUGAUUGGGGCAGUACUUGAAAAUCAGGCCCCUCGAUCACGCUAUCCAGGGCUUUUGUUUGACUGUGAUUGGAUACCUGUUUAGCACACGCAUCUUAC